UAUCUAUUUCGCCAAUCCCUCGCUGGUUCGGACUUGAUUGACGAGUCUGACCUCUCACAGUGGGACAAGCCCCCUCCCUACAAAUAUGCACCUCCACUGCGGACGCCAGACGAAGAGCGGUUCACUCAGAACCUUCUAGAUGUGAUGCACGGA